AUGAAUCUGACACUCUACAAUCUCAGCGUCUGCCUGGUCGUGGCUAGCGGUGGCUUCGCCUACGGCUUUGGCUUUGCGAGCUUUUCCACCAGUAUAGGCCAGCCUGGGUUUUACAAGUAUUUCAAUCUUGAUCCCAACAGCAGUUACACCGCUAGUGUCCUCGGAGCAACGAGCUCUCUCUUUGCCGUUGGUGCUGGAAUAGGGGCCAUCUUGCAAGGGUUCCUGGCCGACUGGGUAGGGCGAAAGAGGGCCCUGCUCAUCGCGGCUCUGAUUUCUCUCAUCGGGGCGGCGUGGACUGCAGGUUCACCGUACCUGGCCAUGUUCAUCACAAUCCGCCUGCUUCAUGGCCUUGGUCUCGGCAUCGUCGUUUGUCUGUCUGUCGUCUACAUCAUCGAGGUGGCCCCUCCGCAUCGACGGGGAAUGCUGGGCUCUGUCAAUGUCUUCAGUAUGGCCUGUGGCUAUGUCGGUCUGGGAUGGAUCUCGGUCGGCUGCUAUCACGCCAAAAAUGAAACCGUGCAAUGGAGACUGCCUCUUGCCUUGUCCACGGUUGGCCCAUUGCUUCUGCUCAUCGGCUGCAUUUUCAUCCCUGAGUCACCACGAUAUCUAUGCUGGGUGGGCCGCAACGAAGAGGCACUCACAAUCCUCAAGAGACUCCAUGCCGAUCCCAGAGACCCCGAAGAUUCAUCAGCCAAGGCCGAGUACAUCCAGAUUGCUCGUCAGGUUGAGCACGACAAGGAAAUGAACACGGGCUAUAUUGGCAUGUUGAAAAAACCGUCGUGGCGACGACGCUCCUUUUUGGCAUUUGGUGUCAUGUUCGCCUCUCAAGCCACAGGUAUCAACGGCGCCGCUGCUUUCCUGGUUCUCAUUUUCAGCAAUCUCGGCAUGACGGGUGACAUGCCCUUGAUCUUGAACGCCACCUAUACCACCGUUGGCACUGUCGGCGUGGUCGUUGUCGGUCUGUUCGUCAUUGACAGGAUGGGACGGAGACUAUCUUUCCUGAUCGGCUUCCCUGGCGUCGCGGCUUGUCUUCUCGCCGAGGCAAUGCUGCAACGAACAUACCUCGACGGCGACAACAAGGCCGGCAACUCAGCAGCCGUGUUUUUCGUCUUCAUGUUCGUCAUCUUUUACCAAUUUAUUGAUGCUGCGUCCUUUGUCUACACCGCCGAGAUCUUCCCUACCACCAUCCGCGCUCGGGGCAUGGGGAUUAGCAUGUGCGGCUAUUUUGUCGGGUUCAUCACUUUCGCGACACCCGCGCCGACGGCUUUGCAGACCAUUAAAUGGGGAUGGUAUCUCGUCUUCGCCGGCCUCAGUCUGAUCUGCGAGGUCUUGUUCUAUUUCUUCCUGCCCGAGACCCGUCUCAAAUCGCUCGAGGAACUUGGCGCGCUGUUCGGCGAUAUGGUCGUGGUGCACUUGACAGAUGACGGUCGGGGUAUUGUCGAGAAGCCCGAGGGUCUUGAGGUGGAGGAAGUCGAGCUGAGGCAUGUCGAUGAGAAGUAG